CUCCCGGGGCCGCCCCGCGCCGGGGCGGGCGGAGCGGCAGCGGCAGCGGCGGAGGCAUGGCCGCGUCCCGCGGGGCUGCGGGGCCGCCGGCGCGGGCAGAUCCUGAGUGUAUUUUGGAGCCUCUGUCUCUGCCAGAAAGUCCAGGUGGUGUUGAUGCAGUCGAAAGUUCUCCCUAUGUGCCUUGUAUUUUCUGCAAAGAGUGCUAUGUCUUAGCAGAACAAGACCAGCUCCUGAAGCACAUGAUUAUUGAACACAAGCUCGUCAUAGCAGAUGUGAAACUGGUUGCAGAUUUUAGAAGCUACAUCUUGUACUGGAAGAGGAGGUUUGCAGAACAGCCUAUCACAGACUUUUGUAGUGUGAUAAGAACAAAUUCAAAAGCUCCAUUAGAGGAACAGGACAAUUAUUUUCUUCUAUGUGAUGUUUUACCAGAAGACAGAUUACUUAGAGAACAGCUUCAGCAAAAGAGACUGAGAGAAAUUCUAGAACAGCAACAACAAGAGAGAUAUGACACAAGUUUUCAUAGUAUGUGUAUGUUCUGUGAUCAAGAAUUCACAGGAAACAGGUCUGUUCUUCUCAAUCAUAUGGCAAGAGAGCAUGCCUUUAACAUUGGGCUACCAGAUAACAUUGUGAACUGCUAUGAGUUUUUGGAUGUCUUACAGGGGAAGCUUGACAACUUGCAGUGUUUAUACUGUGAAAAAGUCUUCAGAGACAAAAACACACUUAAAGAUCACAUGAGGAAGAAGCAGCAUCGCAGAAUCAAUGCCAAAAAUAAAGAAUAUGACAAAUUUUAUAUCAUUAAUUACUUGGAAUUUGGAAAAUCCUGGGAGGAAGUGCAGUCAGAGGAUGACCGGGAAUUACUAGAUAACCUAGAAGAAGAUUGGUCUGACUGGGAAGAGCAUCCUGUGUGUGCAGUUUGCCUGUUUUGUGAACAACAAGCAGACACCACAGAAAAACUGUAUCUUCACAUGCAGAAAUCACAUGGAUUUCACUUUCCUAAAAUAAAGUCAGAGCAUGGUCUGAGCUUCUAUCAGCAAGUAAAGCUAGUGAAUUUCAUCAGAAGAGAAAUCCAUCAUUGUCGUUGUUACAACUGCCAGGAGAAAUUUGAAUCCAAAGGAGAAUUGAUAAGUCAUAUGGAAGAGACCAAACACAUUGCAUUCCUGCCAGCCAGGUCUACAUGGGAUCAACCACAGUAUUAUUUUCCUACCUAUGAAAAUGAUACACUUCUGUGUACAUUGUCAGACAGUGAAGAUGCAAAAACUGAGGAUCAAAGUGAAGAAGUGCCUGUUCUAAGUGAAGACAUAUCCAGUCUAAAAGCUCUCAAACAGAGCAGUGUGUUAAACCAGCUUCUGUGUAAAGAGAACAAGAGUUAGGAGAAAUUUUGACCUGGAAAUACAGUGGCUGACCUUUAGUGCUUUUUCUGUAAGACAAAAAAAAUUUACAUUAUUCAAUACUAUUGGAAUACAGUUAAGCUCACAAAUGUCAUUAUCACUGGACAAAUAUUAGAAAGUGAAUGCUAAAUAAAAAUUGAAGUGUUAA